AUUUUGCCUGUAUUUGCGAGGGCCCGUAAGCACGUGGUGAGGUGGUGCAUAGUCGCGCAGGAGGUGGAGUCUCACUCAUCUCCAGAAAGUCACUGCGCCUGUCUGUCCAGACGAACUCUGUAGUAGAAGGGGGCUGGAACAGUGCGUCCAAAGCAGCAGUCGGCGUUCGACCGACAAUCCGCGCGUCACGACGUCCAGCGAAGACAAGUGACUGUGAACAAGUGAGUGUGAGCGUUGUGUUCGGUGGGUGGGUUGUCCUGACAUGAUCUCAGUGGACCGGUGCAGUGGGCCAUGUCCGCCCUUCGGUUCGUAGCGUCAACGCUCUGCAUUUUCUUUACCGUCGUCGUGUCCGGAAGAAGAGUCCGGAAUCUGGAGUCGAACGGAAUUCUAACAGCAAUAGAAGAGUUCACGAAUGAGGCGCUGUUGCCACGUUUUGCCGAACCCAUUCCCAAUGUGACAGUGACCAUUGGUCGUGACGCUCUUCUAGCCUGUGUGGUAGACAACCUGCAAGGAUUUAAGGUGGCGUGGGUGCGAGUGGACACUCAGACUAUUCUGUCAAUCCACCACAACGUAAUAACCCAGAAUCCCCGGAUCUCGCUGUCAUAUAACGACCACCGAUCUUGGUACCUGCAUAUCAAGAACGUGCAUGAGGCAGACCGGGGUUGGUACAUGUGCCAGGUUAAUACAGACCCAAUGCGCAGUCGACAGGGCUACCUGCAAGUUGUCGUUCCCCCCAGUAUUGUGGACCGGGAGACGAGCACGGAUAUGGUAGUACGCGAAUCUGCCAACGUGACACUUACUUGCAAGGCAACGGGCUACCCCGAGCCCUACGUCAUGUGGCGUAGAGAGGAUGGCAAGGACAUCAACUACAAUGGCGAAAAUGUGAAUGUUGUGGACGGUGAGGUUCUUCACAUCAUUAAAGUGAGUCGGUUACACAUGGGCGCGUACCUCUGCAUCGCGUCCAACGGGGUUCCCCCAUCCAUAAGCAAACGGGUACUGCUCAGAGUGCAGUUCCCCCCGAUGCUGACCAUUCAGAACCAGCUGGAGGGAGCUUAUCUAGGGCAGGACGUUGCUUUAGACUGCCUCACGGAGGCCUACCCAACGUCCAUCAACUACUGGACCACGGAGAGAGGUGACAUGAUCGUCUCGGGAGACAAAUACGAAGCCGUGUCCACGGAUAACGGCUAUAACAAAUUCAUGAUGCUUAAGAUCCGUAGUGUGAGCAAGAGCGACUUCGGUUCAUACAAAUGUGUAGCCAAAAACUCGCUGGGUGAAACAGAUGGAGUCAUCAAACUGGACGAGAUACCAGCUCCCUCAACUACCUCAACUUCGACGGCGUUGUCUGUGACGUCACCAAUGUCCUCUAGAAAGAAAGGUCGCGGUCGGCAAUGGAAACAGCGCCUUUCGGAGAACCAUCUAGACUACGAGGUGGAGGGAUGGAGGGACUCAGAAUACGAUGACGACUAUACGCUCCCGUCUCUUGGACCGCCACCAGGCAAAUACCCUCCAGGGGCGCGCAGUGCAGCUACCACACGUCCGCCAACUGCUUCUCCCGGAAGUGGCACUUGGUUCUUCACUUGGCUCAUGUGUUGGGUUAUAUUGUGCGGUGGUUACAGCUGAUCUUACUAAGAGAACGGAGUCUGUGUAGCGCGCCACGAUGGAGCGAUUCUGUGUUCCGUGACAUGGCUCAUGUGUUUGAUUGUACUGUGCAGUGGCUACAGAUGAUCCCUCUAAGCGAAUCCCAUUCUGUACUGUGCGCUGUGGCUGAGUGACAGGACAUUUUCUGUGUUGGCCCCUGACAAAGUAUUUGUAGAGGAAAGAUAAACGACUGCAAGAUCUGAGUCAAGAAAUGAAAUCAGAAGACAGUGAAGUCCUACUGGUGAAUGUGCAUCUGUUCUUUUAAAACUACUGACUAUUUCUGUGAUGAUUAUAUUCUGAUACACAUGGGUAACGAAACUCAUAACUACAUCGGACCAAAUUACUGAAGCAAAAAGUGUUCAGCAUUAUUUCUGAAAUACAAUGGAUAUUAUGAAAGGACAAACUUCUCUGCACGAUAAGGUGUUCAACUGCCGUUCUCGAACAGCCACUUCCUGUCAUGUGUCGAUAUGGUCAUGAGUGUACACACACACAAGAGAAAUUGGGUUGUUAAUGUGAUCAGACUCAAGCAUAUCUUUAAACAAUGACGACAACGACUGAAUUUAAAAGUAUGAACGUAUAUACGUAGAUGGUCAACAUAAGGCGCCUUCAUGUUGUUACAGAAGUUACUGAGGAAGUGUGUUAUAAACAGAAGGAAAGACUUCAAGCUGUAGCUACCUAAAAAGAAAUACGCAGAAAGGAAUUAAAAAGUAGUUUUCGUAUAGGAUAGACAGUUAUUGAGAUGUACGGAAAUAUUAUACACAGGAAUUACCUGUGUGGUAUUCAAUGACCGUUGUGAUCCUAAGAAAUAAUAGCUUAAAAGUGUGAUACUCUGUCCUUUUCCCUUAAUCAAUCAUGUAAUUAUAAAACGAAAACUAAGCAAGUUUAUAUACUAUGAUAUUUUGACGCCUCCAAACUUCCAUCAUUCAAUCAAGGUGAAUGAAAAUGUUAAUAUCUUAAAAAUACAGGUGAAACGUUACGACAGCAGAAGUCUUCGUUGCUCGCCGGGUGCUAACAACAGGAAAUCUCCAGGACAAAACGAAUCUCUACCCAAGUUUUUCCACUGACUGGCGAGAUAAAGGAAGGGCCUACGUCUCAGUGUGGCCAAUCGGUCUUCCAAUUUCAUAAACUCGUUAAUACAUCUUACACCGCAUUCAUUCCUUAACUCAGGACAGGCUAAAAAUACUUACUUGUCAGCAGCGAACGUGGGCAGCUGCUGGUUCCUGAUACUUCAAUAUCCACACGGAGUAUACAUAAAAUUAUUGUCCUAUGUCGGGAUUAAAAGAAAUUGAGACAGUAUUCCUAUUCACAACUUAGCCUGAACGCAUAGAUGACAAUCAUCAGAAUGGACAAAAUGUCUUAUUCCUUUAAGGCUACAUGUUACUAUUCCUGCAGAAUCGCCCGCAUUAUGUUCUUAAGAAUCUAUUCGUAUAACAGGUUGUGCUACUGCAUUACUCAAAAAGACUUAGGUUACACAUGAAUUUAUUAAACAUUAGAAACAUUCUAUUUGCAUUGGAAAAUAUAAUGUCAACAAUUUAGUGUACUCAACUCACUGUUCAUCAUAAUAUUCAACGCUAUAUAACCUAAAUGGAGCCGGGAUAGCGUAGUCGGUAUAGCGACUGGAUAUGGGGCUGGGUGACUGAGGGUCGGACUUCGA